AUGGCGACAAAGGCGGCCCCAACUGCGGAGGACCUGUUUGGUGACCUAACUCUCGAGGACAAGAAAGCCCAACCCUCUUUGCAGCCAACACCCGCGAACAGAACUGGUCCCCCGCCUCCGCGUGGCGAAAACAUGCCUCCCCCAGGUCGUCGCGGACCGCCACCCGGCCACCGGCCUUCCAGAUCUCAAGAAGAGGCUUUGCGGGCUCGGAGACGUGAAAAUGGCUCUAACAGCGGUAUUUCCCCGCAAAGGCGAUUGGGAAGUCGGCCACGAAGGAACUCUGAGUCGUCCGUGGCUGAUCCCGAAAAACCACUGACAGAGGAGGAGAAGAAGGCGCGCGAACUUCGGCGUCAGGAGCGGGAGCGGAGACAUCGCGAGAAACGGGAAAAGCCAAAGACCAACAAUAAGAAACUCGACUUGAUUGAUCGGCUCGAUGCCACGAGCAUUUUUGGUACUGGGUUAUUUCAUCAUGAUGGCCCGUUCGAUGCUGUCAACCCACAUCGCAACAAGAAUGGUCGCCGAAAUGCGCCGAUGCAGGCCUUCCCGAAGGACUCUCUGAACAUGUCAAUUGGUGGCUCUGGUCCAUUGAACAAGCGGCCCGAUCACGCGACAUUCAUGGGUAAGGCGAAUGAUGAGGCUUUCACCGACUACUCCGCUGGUGUAGACAAGGCCGAAAACCCGCAGGCCAGACCAAAGGGUGAGAUUCCGGUGUGGGACCCAAAGAGCCGGGGAUCAAUUCUGCACGGCGACGAGACUCUCGGACUAGGAACUUCUACUUUCCUGGAAGGUACACCCGCUGCACGCACUGCUAUCCAGCGUCGCGAGCAGGAAUCAGCACAAGAGUUUGCAGAUGGUGGGCUUCAGCGGAAGAAGUCGCUUGCUCAGCGAAUUCGCAACAUCAACCGACCACCUCGGGGCGACUUCCAAUCCUCCGGUCGCAUGACCAACCCUGAGGGUGUCUACAAUUCGCGCAGGUCUCCCACCGGUGACUAUCCUACGUCCUCCAGCGUGCAGGGAGAGCGCAACCCUUUCUUCGCUGAGUAUGAUGGCCAGAAGGGCGGGGAGCAGAUCUCUGUGCGCAAGAUGGGCUCCAAUGCUAGGCCGAUAUCGCCACCCAGCCCGCCGAGAUAUAACACUCUCGAGCGUCGUUCCACCACCGAUGCGAGUAGCCCGACCGAUGACCAGCCAAAGCAAGCUGGAGGGCUGCUCGGUCGCAUGAAGAGUCUGAAGGGGCCACGGAGACCGCGACAGGCCAGCGAUAGCCAGCCCCCUCCUGGCACUGCGGCUUAG